AUGCGCCACUCUGCUCUUCCACCCCUUCGCUCAACCUUUUCCCUCGCAUCCAUCCGCUCUUCUUUCCGCUCCUCCCGCUCCUCCUCCACCGCAUCCAGCACGCGUUCGCGCGCCCCCUCCACCGCUUCUGCGUCCUGGAACCAUCAUGACACCUUCGCCCCCUCUGCUGGCUCAAGCGCAAGCUCAAGCCCCGCGGAUGAGUUCAGCUCUCUGUCUUACAACCCUCUCAGUCGCCACCCUCUGCGUGCGGCGCGCCGCCAACAGUCGCCUGUUGCGACGGUGAGGAGCAUCUUGUCUAGGCAAUCGAGUCUAGUGGAUAUGGAGGAGGAGGAGCGCGAUUUCGGGAGGGAGAUUGGGGUUUUGGAGCCGAGGCCAGUGGUGUUUUGGCAGGGGCUUGAGGAGAGAAUGGGGUUUUAA